AUGACUUCUUUAAGACCGAAUAAUCAUGCAUUCACAACCACUUCCAAUCCACCCACUUCCACCACGUCAACCCACCUGUACUCGGCCAGGACACCCGGUGAAGGUUACCCUUUUCCCAGAACCUCGCGACCUAGACCAACAUAUCCGUCAAGUGUUGCGAAUGUGACGCACUCAGCACUACCAUUCAUUGAACCUGUACUGGAUCGAUUGCCUCCCACACCCUCGCCACCGGUAAUAGACAUGGAGGUGUUCGGACAGUUAUUGGCUAUGGAAGAUGAUGAUCUGAAAGGACACACUAAUAGCAGAUUCAGUUUUACGAAAGACCUGGUUGAUGUGUAUUUUGAAGAUGCGCACUGCACCGUGGAGCAGAUGGACUAUGCUUUGUUAGUAAUUUCCAUAAUACCAUGUCAACUGAGCAGAGUAGAAUUUUUGAUCACCUUGAUUGAUCCACGUAUGAACAGAGCUGUCUCUGAUUACACAAAGCUUUCGCGACUGGCGCAUUACCUGAGAGGCUCGGCCGCCUCAUUAGGUAUUUGUCAGGUGGCAGCGACUUGUGAAGCGCUGGAGUUGGAAAUCCUUCAUCGGCCAUCACAGGAUUGCAACUCCCUACGGGACAAAGUUCAGGCUAUCAAGCGAGGCCAGAUAAGUGCACGGCAUUGGUUCGAUACUUUUUACAGUCAAUGA